AUGCCCAUGUAUGUGAUGUCAUGCUUUCGUCUGCCUAAAGGGAUUACAAAUAAACUCUCUAGCGCAGUCUCAAAUUUCUGGUGGAGUAAUAAUGGACAGACACGGGGAAUGCAUUGGCUAGCAUGGAAAAAACUUUGUCGGCACAAAAACGAUGGCGGCCUGGGAUUCCGUGUUAUUGAGGAUUUUAACACGGCUUUACUUGCAAAACAGUUGUGGAGGCUCAUUAACUUCCCCGACUCGUUAUUCGCACGGGUUUUCAAAGGACGUUAUUAUCGGAACGCAACUCCUAUGGACCCUAUUCGAUCUUACUCUCCCUCCUAUGGAUGGCGGAGUAUAGUUUCAGCUCGACCUCUGGUUAAAAUAGGACUUAUCAAAAGGGUUGGUUCAGGAACAUCUAUCUCUGUUUGGGAUGAUCCUGGAUUCCAGCUUCUACCCCGAGGCCAGCCACAGGAGAUGGGAUUAAUUACUACCCUCACCUCCGGUAUGGAUGUCUCUCUAAUUCUCGGGAUCCCAACCUCAAAUGUCGCCGACCAGACUCCAUGGGAUGGUUUUUUACGAAGACGGGGAGAUACACGCUUUGACGGGAUGCAUAGCGGUAGGGGUGAGACUCCAGAGUCGCGGUAUGCAGAUAGACCCACAAUGUAUGCGGUGUGGGAUGGCGGCAGAAACAGUGAACCACACACUGUUUGA